AUGGAAUUUCGAGUAGGAUUAGAGCAUAGACAGGAUUCUUUUGGAAAUGAUCAUCAGAGAAACACUACUACUACAGUGCUAGACGUCCCAUGUCCGGUGCUGGCUGAGAUAUUUCUAAGACUUCCUGUUAAGUUUAUUCUACGCGCUAAGUCUACUUGUAAAUUAUGGCAUCAAAUUAUCAGCGAACCCACAUUUGCAGAAGCGCAACGAGCUAGAGCAAUGGGCAACAACCCUGGCUAUCUCUAUCGGUUCAGAUUUCAUCAUGGAAGUUUCUGCGAACCCGACUCUCCAAUUCAUUUUGCAGAAAGUGGAGUUGAAGGAAUGCAGCAAGUUCAUACCGAAAGAUUGAGGUACCUGGGGGACGUUCGAGGUUUAACUCCGGGUUUUGCUUCAAGCGGUGGUUUAGUGGCAUUUUGCCUCCCUAAUCCAGAUAGCUAUUACGUCUGGAAUCCCAUCAUCGGAGAGAAAGUACAAGUUCCUUUUCCUGAUCUGGGUUUACCACCAGGUUUUCAGCUGAUAUGGGGGGGAUUUGGCUUCUCCUCAUCGUCCAAGGAAUAUAAGAUUGUUCACUUUAGUUUUCCUUGCUGUCGAGAUGCGUACGAGUAUGAAACUCAGAGCCCGCGAGUUGCAAGCCAGGGACAUGGCGCAACAUACAGUCUUGGUCCUUGCAGGAAUUGGAAAACGAUUCACCACGUUCCUUUCAGGCCUUGGAACCUAGAUUACAUCGACUGUAACGGAACUCUGUUUUGGAAGAAUGCUGGGGAAGAUGAGGAAGCGGAGAGUAGGACGAUAGGAUCAUUCGACACAUCUUCUGAAGAAUUUCGAUCCUUCUCACUUCCAUUUCCAUUUCCAAGUGAUGAAGUGAAGAAUUACAGACUCGUUAAGUUGGGAGACACAAUUGGCUGUGUAUGCAUGGAAGGUUUUAGAAGACAGAAUACGAUGAGCAUUUGGCGUUUGAGAGCUGAUGAUGAUGUAAAGGAGGAACAAGUUUGUUGGGUCAAGGAGUACGCUUUGGCAGCAGGCUUACCCUUCUUAGGCUUCGUUCAUAUUCAAUUCGGAGUAGCUGCGUCUUCCGAUGCGAGUACGAUUUUUGCUUAUGAUGCCGCCAGGAAGGAGUUUAAACCCACUGCACUACCUCUCCCUACUACAGGAAGGCAAGCAGGCGUCAGGCUUUUCUGUCCUCAUGCUGCCUCCCUCAUCUCGCCCAAACAAAUUUUGGCAACAAAAUAA